GAAAAGAAAAUAAAGUAAUCAAUCAUCUCUGCAAAACUGCAACAAAAUCAGAGCACAGAGAAAGGGAAAGGCCUCAGAGAAAGACAGAGAGGAAGAACAAGAAGAAGAAAUAUGUGUGGAUAUAAUACUUCUUUUGUUCUGUAUUUAAGUUAGCACCGCCGUUCCCCAUGGCGGCGUUGCAGACUUCAAUUCUCACACACUGAAAAUAAAUAAAUAAAUAAAUAGAAAUUACCCUCUCAGAAUCUGAUUCCCAAUUCAACCCUUUCUUUCUUUUUCUUUUCUUUUUCUUUCCUUUUUUUUUGUCUGAGUACGAAAAUUUGAUUAGGUGAAAAAGGAAAUUCAUACUGGCUUCCGAUCAUCGUUGAGAGGUUGUGUUUUUUUCUGAUAUGGAUUUUGAUUCAAAAUCAGGAAGAAUAUGGCCGGUUUUUUCCCACUAGACGGCGGCGGAAGCAGCGGAAGAGGACCCAAUUAUCAAUUUCCUACUACCACCACCACCACCACAACCGGCGGCGGCGAAAUUAUUCAUCCGACCGACGGGUUAUUUUGGUACAAGAAUUACGAGAGGUUGGAAACAUGGGAAGAACAACAGCAGCAGCAAGAACAAGGGGGAGAAGGGUUUGUUUACUCCGGCGAUGAAUCGCCGGCAAGAUCGUCGUUAGUGAUGGUGAGAUCGGGGAGAGGCGGCAGCGGAGGGCAGGUAAUGAGCUGCCAAGACUGCGGAAAUCAAGCGAAAAAAGAUUGCGUUCACAUGCGAUGUAGAACUUGUUGUAAAAGCCGUGGAUUUGAGUGUGAAACUCACGUGAAAAGCACAUGGGUUCCGGCUUCCAAACGCCGUGAACGCCACCUCCGUUGCGACGGCUCUAACCCCAAACGCCCCAAAGACGCCGCUUCUUCAGGGUUGGAAAUGGGGAUUUUUCCGGCGGAAGUGAGCUCAACGGCAGUGUUUCGGUGUGUACGAAUGACAACGUUAGACGAAACCAGCGAACAAUGUGCGUAUCAAACAGCUGUCAAUAUCGGAGGCCAUAUUUUUAAAGGCAUUCUUUACGACCACGGCCCUGAACAACCACCGACCUCCGCCUCCCCCAACGGCGGCGCCCUCCUCAUCACCACCGCCGAAUCCGCCACAUUGCUCGAUCCACCUCCGCCGUACCCGACUCCUCUCACCACCUAUAUCCCCGCCGGUACGCAAUUUUUUCUUCCUCCAACAUCUUAGCCGAUUAUGACAUUGCCAAUUAAUAGGUGAAAUUGAAUUGAAGAAAAAAGAACAAAAAAAAUUAAGAGAGUGAAGGAAGUUUAAGUUUGUGCCUAAGUAUAUAAUUUUUUAUGAAUAAAAUUUUCAGCUUGUAAUUUUCCAAUGAAGAGUUUGCAUUAAUUUGCCGCCAUUGUUGGAAUUUCGAUGCUGCUUAUUUUUA